UUGCAUGCAUGCGUCAACAAGACAAUUAACAAACACGCCCCUUUAAGAAGUAUAUCCAAUCGUAAACAAAAAUUCCUUGCUAAACCAUGGCUGACUGCGGGUUUAAGAAAAUCAAUCGGGGUAAAGAAUAACCUCUUCUAUACCUCAGACCGUGACAAAUACAAAUUUUACAGAAAUAAAAUCAUUUAUCUUACGAGAUUAAGUAAAGCGAACUACUACCAAGGUUUCUUUGAUCUCAACAUAUGUAAUAUGCGUCAAACUUGGACAGGAAUUAACGAGCUAAUUGGAAACUGUAAAAAGAAAAACAAGCGCAACUCAACUAACUCUAUUCGCUCAAACCCGAAUGAGGUUCCAACUAGUGACCCGAAGGAAAUAAGCAAUAUUCUUAACAAAUAUUUCGCCACUGUUGGGAGCAAACUGGCUUCUAAAAUUCCUCAGACCAUAAAUACAUUCUAUGAUUAUUUAGAUCCGCCACUUAAUCGCACUUUCUUCUUUGAUCCUAUUAUUCCGGAAGAUAUCAAUUUAGAAAUUUCAGUUUUGCAAGACAACAAGGCCUAUGGUCUCUACUCAUCUCCAGUUAGGCUGCUGAAAUUGGCAAAAAGG